CCAAGUCUAAACUAUGAAGGCUGUUUUUCCAGUUCAAGGGAAACUCACCCUUACCUGCAGGUGUUCCAAAUGGAUUUUUUGAUAGGACUGUCACCUUAAGGAGUCACAUAAUCUCUAUGCUAAUAGCAGAAACUUUGUCAUUGAGGAAGUUGUGUUUUGGUGGGAAGGUCUUGGUAUGUCACCUGUGCAGGGGUAGGCGGCUGCACACUGAACAGACAGCUGACUUCCCUCUUGUCAGAGUGAAAAGAUGCCACAAGCUCUUCGGAUCAAACAAACAAGAUAAGCUGAAAAGGGUUUUACUUAGUUUUUGGAUAUUGUGAGACUCCAAAAACGGCAAAAUGCGGGACAUGCUGGUGAGACUCCAGACCAUCAGCGAAGAGCAGGAGGGCUAUGAGCCAGAGCUUACUGGACCUGAAUACGACGUCGACAAGAAGACUCUGAUUCAAGAUGCUGUCGUUUUUGAUUACUCUACAGAAAUGGAUGGUAUCCUGGAGGAGUCGCAUUCCAUACGCAAAGAUAUGUCCUUGCUUAAUUUGGAGAUUCAGCGCCUGAGGAUCCAUAAUGAGCGUUAUGGCACAACCGUGAGACGUCUCACUUUUCUGAAAAGGGACUCUGACUCCAUUGCAAGAGGAAUUCAUCAUCAAGCAGAGUCUCUGCAUAACCAAAUACAGAACCUGGGUAAAGAGUGCAGCAGGCUGGAGGAGAAAAAUGGUCCCAAUGCUGCAGUUACUCGCGUUGCCCGUACCCAGUAUGAAACUCUCAUCUGUUCAUUCCGUGAAGUCAUGAGUGACUACCAUAAGGUUGAGGAGAAACAGAGAGGCACAUGCAGGACAAGGCUCCAGAGGCAAGCUUCCAUAAUGGGGGCAGAAAUGAGCGAGGAAGACCUGAAUAACUUGGUGGACAAAGGUGGUGAGGGCUGGACCGAGCUGUCCCAGAAUCUUUGCCAGGAUGGUAGCCGUUCAUGCCGUUUAGCCCUGUCUAACAUCAAAGACAGACAUAAAGAGCUGAUGGACCUGGAGGCCAGACUGAAGGAGGUCCAUGAACUGUUCCUCGAUAUGGCCAUACUCGUAGAAGAACAGGGUUUGCUUGUUAAUAAUAUUCAACUUAAUGUGUGCAAAACGGAAGAAUAUACUGAAGAGGUAAAUUGUAAAUUAGUCAGGGCCAAAGUUUACAAGAAGAAGAACCCUUGUUUGCAAUGUUGUCCCUGGCUACCAUGCUGGAAAUAAAGAGGAGCAUUCUAAGACUUCAGUCAAUAAUGUGCAGUUUAUCAAACAAUCAAGUUUAUGAGACAAAUGUUUUAACCACGUAAAAAGAGAUGGCAUCAGAAUGAAGUAUGGUUCGCAAUCAUUUUAAUUUAUGGGAACUGCAAUCUUUACAGAUUCUCAAAUAUGCAAAUUGCUGGAAUUACUCCAGUAUGUGAAGCUUGAUAUUUAAUGUUUAUUGAAAACUUUCUUAGUACAGUAAAGUUUCUCUAUGAUUACAUGACUAAAUCAGUGGAGGUGUGUUUGUGACAUCAGAUGAGUCGAUAUUUUAAAUAGAAAAUGUUUCAGUUUGGAAUGAUUUUAAAAUGUUUGGAUUAAAAUAAAUACCUGCUACAUUGAAUUGUUUUUGAGUGACCCACAUUUUGGCUACACCAACAGACUUGAAUCACGUGGGGAAGCAUUUCACAUGUUCAGAAAUGAGUAAGAAUUGGAUUCAUGAGAAGAAGAAUGUUCAUAAUUUACACAAGACAGUGAAUUACAGACUUCCAGUGUCCAUGUACAAUUCUAAGAUGGACAUGGUUAGGGUUUUUAUAAUAUGAGCUUAGGAGAUGCUUUGUUUUUCAAGUUAUAUUUUAUUUUUUUAAGUCUAUUACAUCCUAUAAUUUUGAAUCUAAGCGAAAGAAUAUAGCUUAAAACAUUUAAUAAAUUAACAAGUUGGCAAGAAAUGUAACAGGAUGAAUAAACACAAGUUAAUGAUGUCUUUCUAUAUACUUUAAAUCUAAACUAAAGUAAAGCAUCUUCUUUCAAAUU